UCAAAUAAAAGGUUACGCCCACGUUGCAUAUAUCUAAGGCCAAAGGAACAGAGGGCCCUGCCUGCAUCACUCUGGUUUCUCCUCUGCUGAACUCCCUGAUUCCAUCUGCAAAAAUGAUGAAUGGUAUGGUUGUAAAAAACAUGUCCUUCAAGGUUGGACAGACCCUGACCAUUGUGGGAGUAGCCAAACCUGAUGCCUCCAAUUUUUCUAUAAAUAUUGGCCCCUCUGAGAAUGAGUUCACUUUUCAUAUGAACCCUCGCUUUAACGCCCAUGGAGACGAGAAUGCUGUGGUUUGCAACUCUUAUGAAGGAGGAAAUUGGUGCGAGGAGGUCCGUCAAGGGGGCUUUCCAUUUCAACUUGGAGAGGAGUUCAAGAUUAUCAUUGAGUUCAGCCCUGAGGAGUUCCUGGUGACUUUAUCAGAUGGCUCUCAAAUCCACUUCCCUAACCGCCUAGGUGCAGAGAAGUACUCGUGCAUGAGCUAUGAUGGGGAUGCUCGUAUUACAAGUAUCCAGAUCAAGUAAUUUUUGGAAGGGUGUACUGUUUUGUUUAAUUUUAUUUCAUUUUUUUUUACUUAUUCUGUCACAUUUUAUCCACAAAUUCAUCCUGGCUUGCAUCAUAUUGUAUCAUGUUAAAAUUUGACUUCUUAACAAGAUGAAAAAAACGAAAAUUAAUGCUGCAUUUGUUUGAAUUAGAUGGAAUAUUUAAAAUAUAACUGCCAGGUUAAAAUGUUUAAUGUUGAAAGAAAACAUGUGGAAUGACGCUCACAAAUGACAUCCUUUAAUGUGAUGUGGGUCUAAAGCCCCUGUCGUUAGACUGUUUAUGUUGCAGUGUUUAGUUAAAAAGUAGUCGGUGACCAGUUGCUCUCUAAAGUUGCCUCAACAUGCUGCAUGUUCUACUUGUUUUCCCUGCCACACAUUCCACCUCUGUGACCUUUAGGAAGUUUGUCUGUAACGAUGUGGAUUAAAGUUCACCCUUUCAUGAUG